GGCGGUUGUCAUUUUCGGAGUCACAGGACUGUAACCAAAAAGAGAAAAAAGGUAGAAGGUAGAAGAAUAAAGCAGGAAGUACAAGUACCAUAACCAGAGCAACAGAGCCAGUUCAGUAUUGUUUGACGCGUGCAUUACGCUUGUCGUCCGAAUCGUUGCUGUGCCACUUAGUGCAUAUAUUCUUACCUGCACGAGUGAUUGCACAUCAUGGCAAGUCGGAAGGAGCUUUUAGCUGUAAUUACAGUAUUCAGCAACUUUUUUUUCGUUUCUCCAUUUUCGCUACCUCACGUAAAUCCAGGUUUAUUUGUGAUCCAAGGCGUGUCAACGUGCGGCCACGGGGAUGGUUACUGUCUACUGAGCAAUUCUUGUUUAGUGGAUACAGAUUUUGAGGGCGACAUAGAAGGAGGUCAUUGUGACGGCUUGAAACAUGCUUUUAAUCCGCAUGCGGAUUUUGUAUGUUGCAAAUACAUGCCAGCCCCCACUACCCUUACGCCGACAACCGUCAAGACCAAACCUCCUCCUCCACCACCAUCUGAUGACAACACUUCGUAUAAUUUAUUAGUUAUCCGAGGCGGUGUGUCGACGUGCGGUAACGGCGGUGGUUUCUGUCUACUUAGUGAUUCUUGCUCAAUAGUUCAGAACUUCGAAAGCGACACGGAAGGUGGCCAUUGCAGUGGCUUGAAGGACGAAGUGAAUCCGCAGGCGGAUUUUGUGUGUUGCAAAUAUUUAGACCCGACGACUGCGGCUUCAACUACACCAUCACCCCCAGCAGAAGAAUCUGUUUCCUACAACGUGGUAGAAAUUCAAGGCGGUGUAUCUACAUGUGGUCAAGGUAGUGGUUUCUGCAUUCUCAGUGAAUCUUGCUCGUUCGUUCAGGGCUUUGAAAACGACGCAAACAAUGGCCAUUGCAGUGGCGUGUCAAAAGAAUCCGACCCAAAGGCGGCCUUUGUCUGUUGUCAAUACUCGCUCGCAUCCACCACUAAUCCUACUACCACAAUAGCUACUACACCUGCUUCUGUUGCCGAUGUAGUGGCUACAAGUCCUGCGACAACAUCAGUCGAUGAAUCAGUUUCCUACAAUGAAUUGGAAAUCCAAGGCGGAGUAUCAACAUGUGGACACGGUGGGGGUUUCUGCCUGCUAAGUGGCUCCUGUGAAUUCGUUCCCGGCUUUCAAAGUGACACCAAAGGCGGUCAUUGCGAAGGCGUGUUCAAAGCCAAUCCGAAUUCGCGGGCAAAUUUCGUAUGCUGUAAGUAUGUGCCCCUAUCCAAAAUCCAUAACCCAACAACUUCGAAGAAUGCCAAAGUUAAUUUGCCGGCCACAACUACGCCUCCGUCUCCACCCGUCCUCACUUCCGUUACAUCUGCACAACGUCAAACAGGAAGUUUUCCAGAAAAAGUCGGUACCUCCACUACUCGAACUUCAGAGACGGCGGUCGAUGCUAAGAAGAACCUAUCUCCCUUUAGCAUAUUUGCUAAUACCAACAAAAUACUAAGUGGUAUUCAACAUCUUAUUUAUGGUGGACGUAUGAGGCCCUCAGCAGCCAUGCAGAAAUAUGAACAAGACAUCGAAGUUGCCAGCAACGACAAAUCAAUGGUUAGUCUCAUCUUGAUGGGUUUAAAGUUGAAUGAGACCACAGCUCGGUCAGAUCUAAUUAACUAAACAUAUUUAUUAUGCAUCAUUGUCUUCCAUCAUGCAAAGAAAAAACGUGACCACCGUUUUGUGGAAUAAACGUCAUUGUAAUCUUUAA